AUGGUAACUGGAGCUGAGAAUGCUUCCAGAGUAGAAAGCAAAAACCACUCCAAGAAGUUACAGAAAUUGAAAAGCACUUUUGAGAUCAUCUUCCUUCCAGUGGCUUCUCACUUUUCACAGGCGGGCGGGCGGGCGUGCGUGCGGGCGGCGGGUGCGGGAGGGUCUGCGGCGGGCGUGCGGGCGGGCGGCGCUGCAGCAGCCCGGGCUCGGCCGCCGCCCGCGGGCGCGCGUGUGCGCGGGUGUGGAAAGCAGGCUGGCCGGCAGGAGGCCAGCGUGCGGGGCCUCGAGGGGCGUGCGCGCUGGAGCCGGAGCGGGGCUCGCCCCUCGCCUCGCCUUGCCACGCCGGCGACCGCCCUCCCGCCGUGCUCGGCACCCCUCGGCCCCCUACGGCCGUUAGUUAUCCCGGGCGGGGGGAGGGAGAAAGUGAGCCUUGGUGUCAUCACCAUCCAUUGUCAGAAGCGGAGGAAAUUGGAAUCCAGCAGCGGCGGGCGAGCAGCAGCUGGGCGGUCACAUCUGGGAAUGCAAAGCCGACCUCCCCCUCCUCCUCCUCCGCCGCCGCCUCCUCCUCUGUCACCCGGGAUCACUUCCGAAACCACUUCGCCUCCAGCCCCUGCCUCGGCCAGAGGGAUUUAUUUAAUGGGGAUGUGUUCAAGGCAAGAGCGAAUUCAGAAGGAUAUCGACAUCGUGAUCCAGAAGUCCAGAGCCGAGAAGGACUGUCUGUUUGCAGAUUUCAGAUACUCAGACUCCACCUUUACUUUCACCUACGUUGGAGGCCCCAAAAGUGUAUCCUACUCAGUACAUGUAUCUGAAGAUUACCCAGAUAAUACAUAUGUGUCAAGUUCAGAAAACGAUGAAGAUGUGUUAGUAACUACAGAGCCAAUUCCUGUAAUUUUUCAUAGAAUAGCAACAGAAUUACGAAAAACAAAUGAUAUUAACUGUUGUUUAUCUAUAAAGUCCAAAUUGCAAAAGGAAAAUGGAGAGGAGUCUAGACAGAACAGCACAGUGGAAGAAGAUUCCGAAGGAGACAAUGAUUCUGAGGAAUUUUAUUAUGGAGGACAGGUGAACUAUGAUGGGGAACUGCACAAGCACCCGCAGCUGGAAGCUGAUUUGUCGGCAGUGAGAGAGAUAUAUGGGCCACAUGCCGUUUCUCUCAGGUAAAUAAAUGCUUUCUGAGAAAGCAUUUAUCAUUUGAGAAACCAUUGCAGCUUUCCUACUGGAGUAACUUCAAGGACUUUCAAUUAUAUUUGAAUGUGAGAGAUUCUGUUGUGUUUCUACUUAUGCAAAAAUGGCAUAUGGAUGACUAUGUUUUGUACACAUAGUUUAAGUUUAUGCUGAUUGUAGUAAGGUAAUUAGUUAUUUUGGAGAGUUGUCUUGAAAGCUUGAAACUUUAAAUUUAAAUGCACCCCACUAGUAUAAAAAGCUGAGACAUAUAAUUAAUAGACAUAAUAUAAUAGAAUUCAACUUUUCACUCAAAAUGCUUAUUUUUGUCUAGAGGUUAACCAUGGUAUACAGUGAUUACUUUCUAAAACAUAUUUCCAUGUUUUCUGGCCUCAGUCAUAUUAUCAUGUAUAUAAGAAGUUGCUUUUUUACAAAGCAUUUAUUAAGCACCUAUGGUGGUGAUAGGUACAGUGAUCCCAUCACUCAAGAGGCAGAGGCAAGAGGCUUGUGAGUUUGAGGACAGCCUGGGUUAAAUUAUGAGACCAUGUCGAGCCAACCAACAAAAACCCUACCCACACUCCUAUGGUCCUCUGUAUUUGUGUUCUCAUAUUAUUAAUGAAAUUCAUCAUUAUUGACUGUUGAAACUAGAUAAAUGAAGUACCUAAAGUAAUAAGUAAUUUGGAUUAUUUUCCUUUGUGUUUUUCACUUA